UUUCAAGUGCAAGUGACGCUCCUAUGGAUGCCUGCGGCUGUUACAGCACUGUCUCCAUUCUCACCCUCUCCCCCAUUCAUUUAUUUGCUGCACCACGUUGCCUGCGCUGGGCCAGUUCAGUCUGGGAUGACACACACACACACACACACACACACACACACACACACACACACACACACCCACACCCACCAUGAGAGGUCAAUUGUGAACGGUCCCCUUUUUCUAAGCAUGAGGCAACGCUAAUAAAGAGCUCAGUGAGGCAUCCAUCGGUCGGACCGCGGUGACUCAUUGCGCACGGUCGGUCGGUCGGUCAGUCAGGGGGCUUACAUUUUGCACUUCGCUGUGGAGGAUCGAUACCUUUUUAAAGACCUAUAUUCUGGCGGAAGGCGUGGCUUGGUGUCACCGACACAGGGCUGGUUUUCCAUAUUCAUUUCUAGGGUUUAGCCUCAUCUCACUGACACCGACGCGCAAACGGCACCCCAAGGAACGGGACAUAAAGCGUCUCUCAAGGGAAUCACACAAAGUGACUGAUAUUGCACAUCUGUUUUCAUCUUUGGAUUACGACAAUAUUUAAGGACUGGAACAGUAAAUCCGGCAUGGGAACUAACCCAAAAAGAACAGUGACCGUCCAGAUGGUGCCUCAGCUGGCUGUGGUGGACACUCUGGGCAAUAAGGAGCCUAAUGCCAACUGGGCUAAAGAGCCCAACCUCAAACUCUCUCAUGUCUGUCCAAAACCCACCCUCACAUCUCCUGACCACAAACAGGAUAACUCAUCUCUGACUGCUUCUCCCACUAACACCACCCAAAAAACAGCUUCCAAGGGGGGUGAACUAGUUAGCAGCACUGUGUCAGACAAACCAGUACCAACUAAUGAUAACCAGAUAAAGUCUGAGUUUGUGACAGGUGGAGACCAAUUGAUGCAAGACCAGUCUCUGACAGGCCAAGGUGUGGGUGAUGCAGGAGGUGACCAGAGGGAUUCUAACGCUAAUAUGAAAAUGUUAAGCCUGGCUGAUGAAAAGGAUAUCUGUAAGGCCGAUGUGUUGUCUGCUCUUUCAGCGUCAAAGGUCGACAUGCAGACCAAUGACUGCAGAAUAAAGGGGCCAAGUGGAGCAGAGGAGAAGUGUGCAAAGCUGACAUCCUCAGCCAAAGCUGCAGCACGAGAGGACAGUAAUAAAAAUGUUUCUCCAAAUAAUAAAAAUCUUAAUGCCUGUGAAAAAAGGCAUACGACAUCUGAACCACAACACGAUAAUAAAGGGAGUAUUUUAUCUCCCAAAAACAAGGACACAGCUGAACCACAGAAAUCUCAAGAGCCUGAUCAUAUACGUAGCUGCUCACAAAGCUCUGGGAGUCUGCAAGAGACUCCCAAACCUAAUCAAAGCAAGGAAACUACUGCAGCUCCUCUUAGCAGCACUACACCUCUGUCUAAGAGCAAAGAUGCAGAGGACGAGUCUACAAAUAAGACUUCAAGUUCAACGCUUCCAGAGAAGGAUUUGCCACCAGUAAAGAAACCUACAGUCUCCUCAGAUAAACAUCAGCCAGUUUCUUCACAGAAGGACCCCUCCACUCUGCCCCAGGCUACACAAAACAUGCCGGCAGAUGGGCAUGUGUCUGAGGAAGCCAGCAAGACUGACACAGCUGUCCAUGAAGGGCAGCAGCACUGCAACUUGUACAAGGAGGCUUCAACGAUGACCUUAUCCCCGUCAUCCACUCCAGUCAGGCAGUGUCAUGACAUGGAGGUUCAGGCGGUAGCGAACAUGUGCAGUAAGGCUGUGGCCACAAGUCCGAGCCUGCUGUCUUUCGCUGUGCCUCGCAGGCCGAGCGAUGGUGCAGUCCCCAGGGAGGCCACGAAGAGCCUGGCGAUGGUCUACCAGGAGGACGGCGGUGUGGCACUACAUCAGAUGAGCAUGAGUUCUCUAUCUGCCUCUACUGAUCCGAGGUCAGAGAGACUCACUGUUGAGGCGGAGAUGUGCCCCAACCAAAAUGCUGGCGUGGUUUCCCACUCAGAAACAUUGUCCCAGCAGCAAGACAAAAGGCUCGGAGCAAAGCCUAAAGAACCCGGGUCAGCUCUGUGCAACACCCAGCCAGUUUAUCAAAUCAACAUUGAACACAGCAACCCCAUGGAGCCAGAAAAGACAGGCGACUUCCAGAUUAAAACCGGAGUUCAGAAAUCUUCGGCCAAAACAGCCCCUGCUGAAGCUCCCUCUCUCAAAUCAGUAACAGCCCCAGAGACAGCCAGUGCUAACAAGUCUGGAUCUGUUGACAGUAAAAAUGCUGCGCUGUCUAAGGUUGCUGUUACAACCGGGCCAUGCAAGGCCCUGCCAACAACAACAACAACAACAACAACAACAGCAACAACAAACACCACAUCAAAGCCAGCUGUAACAAAAAAAAAGGCUGAAAGUCCAAAACAGAAGGCUAAAGGAGGGGGUAAAGCCCCGAAGAAGGAGAAAAAGUCAGGCAAACAGAAGAUCGAACCGGAGAGAAAGGAUAAAGAGGACGACCAGAAGCAGAAAGAAAAGGGCGUCCAUGAUGUCGUCUGGGAUGAACAAGGGAUGACUUGGGAGGUCUACGGUGCUUCUGUGGACCCAGAAUCCCUUGGUUUUGCAAUUCAGAGCCACUUGCAGUGCAAAAUCAAGGAGCAAGAGAGGAAACUGAUUGUCCAGACCUCUUUCCGAAAGUCAGUCUCUGGUGUUGACUCUCCGCGACAUGGCAAGAAGAACAAAAGGAGGCAGCAGAACAUUUUCAGGUCAAUGCUGCAAAAUGUCAGACGGCCCAACUGCUGCAUGCGUCCACCUCCCUCCUCCGUCCUCGAGUAGCACAGCAAAGAGGUAGCCAAUGUCAAACUCCUCCCUUUUCCUAGAGGGCAAAAUGUUUGUCCCCCCCUCAUCAUGAUUACAAUGCCAAGUGAAAGCAUUAAAGGGGUGAUAGAAUGCAAAACCAAUUUUACCUUGUCAUAGUUGAAAAACGAGGGUAAAUAGGACAUACAUAGAACCUAAACAUCCCAUUGACACCUUUUUCCUAUG